UUAUUUUUUUGAAAAUUUGAGAAUACUCUGAUGUGGUGCCCGACUAUAUUUAAUAAUACUUAGUAAAAUAAGAAUUGUUUUACUAUAUCGUAGCUUGUGUAUUCGUAUAUAUUAUACCACGGCAUGAACAAAAAUUCAGAUCAUCGAUGAUUUGUUUUUCCAAAAAGUUAAAUCGUUGGAAAAAUAUUUUCAUCGGACAUGUGGGACAUCGAUGGAAUGGCAGAUUUUUGAUCAAAAUGUUGCAACGGUGCGUAUGCCAUACUAGUGCGUCUGAUGCAUAUUCGUUUAUAUAGACCAGUUAUACCUCAGUACUACUUUUUGUAGGUGUACGUUGCGGACAGAAGCACGUCGAGAGGGAUUAGAUAGUUUCAUACCCGGCGGCGUCCCGAAAUUCGGGUCCUUUGUUCCGAGAUAUUCGGACAGCGAUAGCAUAAUGUCUGAAGCGGGCCCUUCAGCUGUUAAAAGAGAAAACGCAGCCCUGGAAGAGCCUGAGGUACUCAGGGAAGAGGAUUUGUUUCGUAUGUUGGAAGAAUCUGAUUUUUCUGACUGCGACGAUGUGGACAUUAAGGAGUCUUUAUUGUUUAAAGAAGAAUCGUCGUCUGAUGAGGAAGAUCCUUCACUGGAUGUUGCUGACGAUGUUUGGAGCAACACUUUUACGCCAAUGAAGGACAUAGAAUUUCGAAAAACGCCAGGGUUGCUUAUUGAUGUUCCUGAGGACGCCAGUCCGUACCAGUAUUUCCGAUUGCUACUAGACGACGAUUUGUUGCAACUGAUCACUACUGAAACCAACAGAUAUGCUGAAAAUUUGUUCUUUUCCAAUAUUAGUUUAGAACAUGCACGAGUUACUCGUUGGAAGAAUCUAACUAACAAAGAGCUAUUACAAUUUAUUGGUCUGUUAUUCCACAUGGGCACAAUCAAAUGCAAUGUAUUGAAAGACUACUGGAAAACGCACCGGCUUUUUGGAAUUCCGUCUUUUACACAAUAUAUGAGUCGCGAUCGUUUUCAUUUGACUUUGCAAUGCCUUCACUUUGCCGAAAAUCCUAGUGAAGGAGAAAAAACACCAACGGAUCGUUUAUACAAGAUUCGUCCGAUACUGGACUACUUCCAAAAUAAAAUGUCAUCUAUAUAUUACCCGAAUAAAAAUUUGUCACUGGAUGAGUCAAUGCUUCUAUGGAGGGGUAGUCUCGCUUUUCGACAGUACUAUAUCAAAAAUAAAGAACAUAAGUACGGGAUAAAAUUGUACAUGCUGGCAGAAUGUGAAGGUCUCGUAAUGAACGUAAUGGUUUAUACGGACCAGUCGGAUGAAACAGGAGGACAUGCGGAAAAGGUUGUAAUGACUCUAAUGCGUAAUUACCUAAAUGCUGGCCACUCUGUGUUUAUGGAUAGCCUUUAUAAUAGCUACGGGUUAGCCAAAAAAUUACUGGACGCAGAUACGUAUUGCACGGGUACUUUACGUGCAACCAGAAAGGGCGCUCCGAAAACAAUCUUAUCAAAAAAACUGCAAAAAGGACAAACGGUUGCAGCUUACAGGGACGGGGUCAUGGUUGGAAAGUGGAAAGACUAUACGGAGGUGUUGUACAUAUCUACCGAGUUUCGGAACUCUAUAGUUGAUGUCCCAAAAAAAAGGGGAAACCCAAAAGAGAAACCCUUACCUAUCGCAGAAUAUAACAAAUUUAUGAGCGUUGUAGACCGCAUGGACCAAAUGAUGUCUUACUAUCCUACUAUUCAAAAAACGCUUCGAUGGUACAAAAAGCUCGGAAUACACAUAUUCCAAUUAUUGUUGUUUAAUUCGUACCUUCUAUACAACAAAUAUUCCAAAAAUCGCUUAUCGUUCUACAAAUUUCGACUAGCGGUUCUUGAGGAAAUUCUUCCAGAGGUUCGUAAGACAAAACCAUCAGACCAAAACCCCAUCAACCACGAAGGCAAUCAUUUUCCUGAAAAAAUUGGAACUCGAAACGAAGGUGGAAAAAUUAUGAGAAAACGCUGCAAAGUGUGCUGGAUGAAAAGGAUUCGAAGAGAUUGUUCGUAUCAUUGUCCAAAAUGCCCUGACGCACCGGGUUUGUGCAUUGGACAGUGUUUUGAGCAAUACCACAAAAACUGAAUUUACUUCACCUAUUUACUGUGCUUUAAUUUCAAAUAAAAUUAUACUUUUUUGAA